ACCACUUUACCAGUCUCACCAGCAGUUAACAGCACAACUUUACCAGUCUCACCAGCAGAUAACAGCACAACUUUACCAGUCUCACCAGCAGAUAACAGCACCACUUUACCAGUCUCACCAGCAGAAAACCGCACAACUUUACCAGUCUCACCAGCAGAAAACCGCACAACUUUACCAGUCUCACCAGCAGAUAACAGCACAACUUUACCAGUCUCACCAGCAGAUAACCGCACAACUUUACCAGUCUCACCAGCAGAUAACAGCACAACUUUACCCGUCUCACCAGCAGAGAACAGCACAUCAUCUACAGACUCUAUUUCUCCAAAUCCCAGCACAACAAACAGCAGUACCACGUCUGUACUUGUAAAUAUCAGCACAACUUCAGCACCCAAAGCUUCUGACACAACACCACUAAGCACAACAAGUACAAGCAGUACAUCUACACCCACAGAUACCCCCCCAUCUCCACCAUCCGCAGUGUCUUCAACAACAGAACACAGUAUGACAAGCAGCACUACUGCAUCAUCAUCAGAUGUGAGCACAAACUCAGCCGCCAUGUCUGCUGCUACGCCAACCAGCCAAGACAGUAGCAGUACCACAUCUACGCAAUUAGAUGGCCUCACAACUUCAGCAUCCACAGUCUCCGCAGUAACAGCAGGGACAACACUGACAGACACCAGGACAACUCAGGAUACCACUAGUGUCACAUCUUCACCAGCAGAUACCCAUAUAGUGGUAAUUGACCUGAAAGCUUCUGUUUUAUCCAAGAAUGGGGAAAAUGAAGAUGUGAUUUUUGAGGCUAUCUCCAAUUUUAUUUCCCAGACCCUUCUCCAGCUGAACUGUAAGGGCUGCUCAUCAACUAUCAGACAGAUGAAACGCACCUGAGAAAGGCCAAUGUUUCAGCCAACGGGAGCACCAGUGUGGAUGUAGCUGUACUGUGACAGCAGGCUGCACAACUCUCAGAAACAACACCAUCACCUAUUAAAACUAAAUAAACUUGUAGAGAUCAGGGCCCGAAUAUCAGAGAUAUUAGACCUACAUAAUUAAUACAUUUCUUAUGUACCCUUUAAGCAUGUAAAAUUACAUGCAGUACUAUAAAGCUCUAUAACUUUAACUAUAAAGUUCUCACACAGGUAAAUCACAACUUAAAACUACAACAUUGACAGAUUAAACAGUUUAUGUUCACAUUAAAAAGUAUAAACGCAUGUAUCAAAUACAUGACUUAAUGGGUCUACUGUAAUAGAUAUAGUCCUAAAGAAAAAUAGCCUACAAGAGUAUUAUUAUACUCUAGGCAUUAUUACUUAUUAAAGCUUAUGACUAAUUUUUCAGCACAGCUUAAAGGGUAACUACCAUUUUUUUCAACCUGGAGUCAGCAGCAGCGAAACAAGCUACAAUGUAAGUUAAUAGGGCAAUAAGACUUUAAAGACAAAUAAGGAUGAAUAUAUUUUCGGAAGCAAAUAGCAGACCUUCUGUACAGACUCCUUCAUGAAACAUACAUCAGAAAAAAAAAAUGCAAAAUCUGGGAAAUUCCAAAAGUGUCCCUGCUGUUUGUGAAGAGAGCAACAAGCAAGGCACCGUACAGAAUAUAACCACCACAACAUCAAAAAGUACGCAAUAGCUUCCAAGAUAAUAAUAAUUCAACUACACAAGAAAUUAAAUACACAGAAAGACAAAAAAGACAUUUAACUACUGUGAAGAAAAAAUAAAAGUUAACAUGUGCCUGAGUUCAACAAAACAAGUCACACCGAAGCCCUGAGUAAAUGCAAUCACUAAUCUGUUGCUAGGGUGUCUGAUGGGAAGAUUCCAUUUUUGGGACAGCCUAGAGGGCCUUCCCCCGGUAACUUUCCAUUCUGAAAAGUUACAGAUGACGUCAUCUGAACUAUUGAACUCAGCUACUUUUUGUGUGAAGUCAGCAGUCUCCCGCUGUGAUACAGGCUGGCACAUUGCCAGCUCUUUGUCCAGAGAGAGGAUGUGCGACUGGGAGAAGUGCGAAGAUCAGGGAAGCUCCUUGACAGAUGAUAAACAUGCCAGUCAAAAAUUAAAGGAACAUACAUAAUAUCUAUGCUUUUGGUUUUAACUUUUAACCAGUUUUGACACAUUUAAUACAACAUUUAAAAACUAGGCAUAUCAUGUUUCAAGGAGAAUCCCUCCCCUCAGGAGACGUCUGGAAAAGCCAUUGGACGCACAAAACAGACCUGACACCUGCCGGGACCAAUAAGAGAAGAACGCGCCGGAGUAGAAUAGUAUUUAAACUGUUUAGGCAAAGGAUUCGGGGCACAUUUUGCAGAGUUUUCAGAACGAAGCAAACUGUCGCCCACAGUUAUGUAUUCCUGUACCCUUUUUCUGCCUUAUUGCUUGGAAAUAAAAUCUUGAACAGAA